AUGAGACCGAACAUCAUAGGUGACGUCAAUAUGACUGAACUUCCUCGGAAGGAACGCAACAAGCCACCGCAUAACACAGGACGACAUCUCAAGAUGCCAACGGCAACCAGAGCAGGCAUGUACGAUAGUGAAGGGGGUGACGCUGCCACGGACGGUGCGGGGGACAGCCCAGCAAGGAGGACAAACCAAGGCAGUGGCUCAAGCCAAUCAACACCGGGAAGGAACGCAACAAGCCACUGCAUAACACAGGACGGUAAACACUUCCCCUGGGAGUGCAGCAAGGCGUGA